UUGGCCUAUAUAUAUCAGAGGCCGAGCGAGGCCACGCUUUAGCGCAGAGCUCAGAAGGGAGAGAAGAUGGGGGAGACGAAGACCGUACAUUCCCCUCUGGUCACCUAUGCCUCGAUGCUGUCGCUCCUCACCCUCUGUCCUCCCUUCGUCAUCCUCAUAUGGUACACAAUGGUCCAUGCUGAUGGGUCUCUCUCCAUUGCAUUCAAUUACUUCAAGCAGAAUGGCUUACAAGGACUCAUUAGCAUAUGGCCAAAACCAACUGCAGUUGCCUGGAAAAUAAUUGCAUGUUUUGCUGCCUUUGAAGCAGUGCUUCAAUUGGCUCUUCCUGGUGAAAGAGUUGAAGGCCCAAUAUCUCCUGCUGGGAAUCGACCUGUUUACAAGGCAAAUGGCCUGUUGGCAUAUGCAGUUACAAUGGUGGCAUAUGUUACUAUUUGGUGGUUGGGCAUAUUUAACCCUGCUAUCGUAUAUGAUCAUUUGGGUGAGAUCUUCUCUGCGCUAAUUGUUGGCAGUUUUAUCUUUUGCAUUUUAUUAUACAUAAAGGGGCAUCUGGCACCAUCUUCAACUGAUUCUGGUUCAUCAGGCAAUCUAAUAAUUGAUUUCUAUUGGGGAAUGGAGUUAUACCCUCGAUUUGGGAAAAGUUUUGAUAUUAAGGUGUUUACCAAUUGCCGCUUUGGCAUGAUGUCUUGGGCAGUUCUUGCUGUGACUUACUGCAUCAAACAGUAUGAAGAGAACGGUCAAGUUGCUGAUUCCAUGCUUGUCAAUACUGCAUUGAUGCUGAUUUACGUGACUAAGUUCUUUUGGUGGGAACCUGGAUAUUGGAAUACCAUGGAUAUAGCACAUGAUCGAGCUGGAUUUUACAUCUGCUGGGGCUGCUUAGUAUGGGUUCCAUCUGUCUAUACUUCCCCCGGAUUGUACCUUGUCAACCAUCCUGUGAACCUAGGCCUUCAGCUUGCACUUUUCAUCUUUGUUGCUGGCGUUGGAUCCAUAUUUGUCAAUUAUGAUUGUGACAGGCAGAGGCAGUACUUUCGCAAAACUGGUGGGAAGUGUUUGAUUUGGGGGAAGCCACCUUCAAAGAUAGAAGCAUUUUAUCAUACCACAACUGGGGAAAAGAAAUCCAGUCUGCUUUUGACCUCUGGCUGGUGGGGCUUAUCUAGACACUUCCAUUAUGUGCCAGAGAUAUUAGCAGCGUUCUUCUGGACUUUGCCUGCUCUUUUCAAUCACUGCCUCCCUUACUUCUAUGUGGUCUUUCUCACAAUUCUCCUUUUUGAUCGGGCCAAGAGAGAUGAUGAUCGGUGUGCAAACAAGUACCAGAAAUACUGGAAACAAUACUGCCAAAAGGUUCCAAAUAGAAUCGUACCGGGAAUAUACUGAAUUGCUAAUCUUUCCUGUUGAUACUGGAGGUUGUUAAACAUGAAAUUUAGUGAGCUUCCAUUUGAAUGAUCUUGUGUUUGAAAUGGUUCUGCCUGUGCCAAAUCAGAGAAAACCCGCCUAGGUGCAUGCCUGAAGUUUAUGUAACUUGUAUUUUGUAACUUCAUUUUUAUGCCAUGAACUAUGUUGUAUUUGCAGGUUGUAGAUUUUAUCAUGAAAGUUUUAGCAGUGCA